AUGGCGGACACAGCGACAGAGAUCGAUCUUGACUCGGUCAUCGACAGACUUUUGGAAGGUGAGCUGGCAUGGUCCUAUCUCUGCUCUGGGAAAACGGAGGCUGUUGGACGGGUUGGAUGUGAGGAAGGCUUGGGCAGAUGUUGCCUGUCGACUGUCGGAGUCGCAGGCCAGUGGGAUAUCUCGGCCUCAUUGCAGUACCCCAUCGUGUGGCUGUUCCAGACUCAUGUCGCACGCGAUGAUUCACCACCUACCAAAACCUUCCCCGCAAAAUCGAAUGUCCAUCCUCAAACGUUGCAUGGACUACUCAUCUCUGUCCCCAUCGCCAAAAUUGCUCGGCUUUUGUUGGCUCGAAAGGCACUCCAUCAUCGUCGCCAUCAUCAAACAGUCAUAAUGCGUGGCAACCGACCUGGAAAGCCUGUCCAGCUGGCAGAAUAUGAAAUCAAGUACUUGUGCACAAAAGCUCGGGAAAUCUUCAUUAACCAGCCUAUCUUGCUCGAGUUGGAAGCUCCUAUCAAGAUUUGCGGUGACAUUCAUGGCCAGUAUUACGACCUUUUACGGCUCUUUGAGUACGGCGGCUUCCCGCCAGAAGCAAACUAUCUGUUCCUUGGGGACUAUGUAGACAGAGGGAAACAGUCUCUGGAGACAAUCUGCCUUCUCCUCGCCUACAAGAUCAAAUAUCCCGAAAAUUUCUUCAUCCUCAGAGGAAACCACGAAUGCGCCAGUAUCAACAGGAUAUACGGCUUUUACGACGAAUGCAAACGCCGCUACAACAUUAAAUUAUGGAAAACAUUUACAGAUUGUUUCAACUGUCUGCCUAUUGCUGCCAUCAUCGACGAGAAGAUCUUCACAAUGCACGGUGGUCUGAGUCCCGACCUGCAGUCUAUGGAGCAAAUACGAAGAGUUAUGCGACCAACAGAUGUUCCGGAUACUGGACUUCUUUGCGAUCUACUGUGGUCGGAUCCCGAUAAGGAUAUCACAGGAUGGUCGGAAAACGACAGAGGAGUGUCAUUUACAUUUGGGCCAGAUGUCGUUUCACGCUUCCUCCAAAAGCACGACAUGGACUUGAUAUGUCGGGCACAUCAAGUCGUCGAGGACGGCUACGAGUUCUUCGCCAAAAGGCAUUUGGUAACGCUGUUCUCAGCCCCAAAUUACUGUGGAGAGUUUGACAAUGCGGGUGCAAUGAUGAGUGUGGAUGAGACACUACUGUGUUCCUUCCAGAUUCUAAAGCCCGCUGAGAAGAAGGCCAAGUAUCCAUACGGAGGUAUCAACAUGGGAGGACGUGGGCCGGUAACACCACCACGCAAACCUAAGAAGAGCAACAAGAUGGGCUGA